AUGAUCCAGGUGGGCAACAAUGGUGGCUCAGAGAAGAGGGGAGACAGUGCAAGUGGCCCCUUGAAGGUGAUGAUCCCAGAGAACUUGACAAUGGAGCAGGUGGUGGAAAAGAACCCACUGAUGGAGCUGCGAGGCCAAUACCAGCCACCCAACUGCUGGACACGGCACCACACAGCAAUAGUGGUACCCUACUAUGGGCAAGCCCAGCACCUGCAGCACCUGCUCUUCCACCUGCACCCCUUCCUGCAGCACCAGCAACUGCAUUAUGCCAUCUAUGUGGUGAACAACACCGCCUUCAACCGGGGCAAGCUUCGCAAUGUGGGGUUCUGGGAGGCCAUGCAAGAAGAGGACUGGGACUGGGUCUUCUUCCACGAUGUGAACCUACUGCCAGAGGACAACCGCAACCUCUACAUCUGUGACAUCUUCUCUGCCCACGCGUCUGUGGCCAUCGACAAGUUCAACUACAAGUAG